AUGCCGUCGGUUAGCAGUGAUUCUAAGCCUCGUUCCAACAAAAAAGAUGGUUUUUUGAACGUGCACGGAGAAGGCGAUUCCGAUAGCAAUCACGUGGUGUCAUCGAAGGUGAAGCAGUAUACUUCCGACGAAAUGGAAAAAGAAUGUCCAAUUUGUAAAGGCGGUUGCCCGAAUAUCGCAAAGUGUAAACGGUUUGCCGAAUUCAGCUGCGACUCAAAAUGGGCCGCUGUUCGCGAAUGUAAACUGUGUCGAAAGUGCUUGCGAAGGCACAACGGUUCGUGCCGACAACAAAAGGCGUGCGGAACAAACGGCUGCACUUAUCUACAUCACCCGCAUUUCCAUACCGUCGAUAGACAGCAAUCCAACGGAACGGCGACUGACGCAAUCGUGCCUGCAGAGACACCACAACAGAGCUUCCUUCUCUACGGGCCUUCAAAAACCGUGCGAACGUACGCGUUCAUCGACGAUGGGUCCGAACUCUCCAUAAUGGAACAGAGUCUGGCUGACGAGCUCGGCAGAGUCAGUUUGCAGAUAUCCAGCAGUAACGAUCAAUCGAGGAAGUAUCAGCUGUCGUCAGUACAAACCGUCAAAAGUCUUCAGAUUCGACCUCAGACGCUAUUGUACGGCGAUAUCCAGGAAACGUUCCGGAACCUCGCAGGACUACCGAUUGAGUCGUAUGAGAAUGCGUGCCCUCGAAUUCUCAUAGGCCUGGAUAAUCUCAAUCUUGGUCACCCGCUGAAGAGUCGAGAAGGCCGGCCGCAAGAGCCUAUAGCCACCAAAACACGACUUGGUUGGACUAUCUACGGAAGCUGCAUUCCUGAGGGUACAACAACGAAUUCCGUCAACUAUCACUCUCUUCAGGUGUGCGAGUGCAACCAAUACUCGGACGAAGACCUGCACCAAACCGUAAAAAACUAUUUUUUGCUCGAUAGUACCGGCAUUGUGAAACCAGAUAAGCUGUUGCAAUCGCAAAACGACCAACGGGCACAGAUACUCUUGGAAUCGCUCACCAAACAACGAGAUGGGCGGUACGAAUCAGGACUACUCUGGAAGUACGAUACCGUUCGACUUCCAGACAGCAAACCAAUGGCACUGAAGAGAUGGGAAUGUCUGGAUCGGAGGAUGAAGAACGACCCGCAGUUAGCGAACGUAGUCAGAGCGAAGAUCGAAGAUCAUGUAUCGAAGGGAUAUAUCCGAAAGCUGUCCAACGAAGAGGUUAAAACAGGAUACCCCCGCGUGUGGUAUCUCCCAAUAUUUCCGGUAGUGAACCCAAACAAACCCGGAAAGACUAGGCUCGUUUGGGAUGCAGCUGCAACUGUCCACGGAGUAUCUCUGAACACCGUCUUGCUGAAGGGCCCAGACCUGUUGACUUCGCUACUGUCAGUACUAAUGCAAUUCAGAGAGUACAAAAUCGCCGUGUGUGGUGACAUCCGCGAAAUGUACCACCAGAUCCUGAUGCGGAAUGAUGACCAGCACUACCAGCGCUUCUUCUGGAAGGAAAAUAUAACCGACGUCGAGCCUAGUACGUACAUCGUUCAAGUGAUGACCUUCGGAGCCUGUUGCUCACCAAGUACGGCGCAGUAUGUCAAGAACGUGCACGCAAGCAAGUUUCAGCAAGAACAUCCGGCUGCCGUUGAGGCUAUUGUGAAGCGACACUACGUCGACGAUAUGCUUCUAAGCGUGGAGCAGGAGGAAGAAGCAGUUCAGUUGACACGAGACGUGAGGGAAAUCCAUGCUUCGGCAGGCUUCGAAAUCCGCAAUUGGGCAUCCAACUCUUCUACAGUAUUGGCGGAAUUAGACGAACCUUCUACAGCUGAGAAAAGUUUCGGCGAGGAUGGCUGUGUUGAGAAAAUUCUCGGCAUGUGGUGGAACACGUCUACAGACUGCUUUACGUUCAAGAUUUCAAACCGCAUAGACGAAGUUUUGCUGUCAGGAGGCCGCCGUCCUACAAAACGGGAAGUCCUGCGAACUUUGAUGAUGGUUUUCGACCCGCUAGGCUUCAUUGGCCAUUUCCUAAUGGUGCUGAAAACGCUUCUUCAGGAAAUAUGGCGGUCUUCAAUCGGCUGGGACGACGUGAUCAACGAUCAACACUUCGAAAAGUGGUUAACCUGGUGCGCAGCUUUGCCUGAAAUAGCAGAACUUCAAAUUCCUCGUUGCUACCGUUCCCUAACAUCUACAUCUGAAGACAACGAAGUUCAGUUGCAUACGUUUGUAGACGCGAGCGAAGCGGGCUUCGCAGCGGUGGCGUACUUGAGAUUUCAAGAGGGAUCAAUCGUUGAGUGUGCGCUAUUGGGGUCCAAGACAAGAGUUUCACCACUGAAGUUUUUGUCAAUCCCACGAUCCGAACUUCAGGCUGCCGUUAUUGGAGUUCGCUUGGCACAAACCGUCUGCAGCACACUAUCGUUCGCUGUAAAACAUAGAUUCUUCUGGACGGACUCUAAGGACGUGCUUUGCUGGCUAAAUUCUGAUCACCGUCGUUACAGUCAGUUCGUUGCCUUUCGAGUUAGCUAG